AUGAAUUGUUCUCGUGGAAAACCCUAUGAAGCUUUACACGUUGCUGAACUUGAACGGGCCAGAGCUCUAGCAAAACUUACGUCAAAUCAGUUUGUUGGCAUCGACGAAGUAUUUAAGAAAAAUGGCAACAGUACCUGCCUAUACAUCUCCUAUGACCACGAUGACAAUAUAUAUUUGUGGGUUUUGAAACAAAGCAAACCGGUAGCUUUCCGAAAAACGAAACUUUGGGAAAGCUAUGUUAGCAAGCACGGCAAAAUCUCUGUGGAUGACCUAUUUGGAAACGAACCUUUAUUGAGAAAUUUUCACGUUUUACCUCAAGAGCAAUGCGAAGACCGAUCACUCUUCUCUUUAUACGCCAACCAACCUACAAACGAAUCAAAUCUGGAAAAUAGUCUCUCAUCCUUGCGUCCUCUUUUAGAUGAGUGUGAAGUAAUCACAGACCCUGAAAAGCCAACACUGUUUCAGGUUUACAACAUGUUGAUUGCUCCCGUAAGUGACUUGCUAGAAGGAUCUGAAAUCAUUGUUGUUCCUGAUCGCUGCUUCUUCCAAGUUCCGUUUGCAGCAUUACAUGAUGAAAGUAACUGCUAUUUAUCAGAUUCUUUCAGGAUACGCAUUGUCCCUUCUUUGAGGACUCUCAAGCUCAUUCUGGACAGUCCAGUGGGCUAUCACAGAGAAACUGGUGUAUUGAUUGUGGGUGCGCCAAAAGUGACGGAUGUGUAUUUCAAGGGAGAGUUAAGGUAUCUCUGUCCAUUGCCUGGGGCGAAAGCAGAAGCAGAGUUGAUUGCAAGACUACUACCUCAAUCUCACCUUUUAAUAGGAGAGCAAGCAACAAAGCAGGCAGUCCUUCAGAGAAUACCCUCAGUCAGUCUCGUACAUAUCGCUGCUCAUGGUGAUGCCGAAAGAGGAGAAAUUGCUCUUACCCCCGCUUACUCCACAAUGGGGACUCCAGGUGAAGCAGACUACUUACUGACAAUGACCGACAUUUCACAAGUUAGACUCUCAGCCAAACUGGUGGUCCUUAGCUGUUGCCAUACCGCACGUGGACAGAUCAAAACAGAAGGCGUUGUUGGCAUCGCUCGAGCAUUCUUAGCAUCAGGUGCACGCUCAGUGUUGGUGGCAUUGUGGGCCUUACAAGACGAUGCAACAGAGCAGUUCAUGAGAAGAUUCUACGAAAACCUUGUCCAAGGAGAAGGUGCGAGUGAAUGUCUUCACCGGACCAUGAAGUGGAUGCGAAAUAACGGUUUCUCUGAAGUGAGGCAGUGGGCACCUUUCAUGCUGAUUGGGGAUGACGUGUCAUUUCACUUUGGUGAAGAAAAGUAA